AUGUCUUCAUCUGGUCAACAAUCAAGUUCUAAUCGUGAUACAGCACAACAUUCUGGUUCGUCAUCAAUGGGAGGUUCAGGUGCUGGUACUACUGGUCAAUCAGGUAGUAUGGGUGGGUCAAGUGGUCAGGGGUAUGGAGGAACACAUGAUACUGGCAUUUCUGGUAAGGCUGGUCAAGGUGGAAUGAGUACAAAUACAGGUUUAGGUUCAGACAUUCAUGGAUCAUCUGGUCAAGGCGGCACAUCAAGUGGUUCUGGCAGCAGUCAAAAACAUCAUUGA